AUGAUACGAGAAGAGGAAAAAACAGUAGGAGUCCACAUGAUAGACGACGACGUGACGACAAAGAUAAACUUCCACAGCAAGGUGCACGGCAACUAUGAUGGUGCUGUGAAAAUCAAUAAACCUCGUCGCUAUCGCCAGUACAUGAACAGAAAGGGUGGAUUCAAUCGUCCACUUGACUACAUUGCCUGA